AUGUUGGCCGCCGCCCAUCUUCGCGAUUCCCGAAAAGGCAUUCAGAAAAAGGAUGCGCUUGAGCAAUGCAUGUGGGACAUGAUUAGGCGUCGCAUCGACCCCCUCACUAAGUCCUCUGCCCACCGUAUCAGCCCCGAGCAGCUGCGCGCUGAGUGGAACAUCGUCGUUCAGAAACUUGAUCUUGAUACCGGCCGGCCGGACCACGGCGAGACCUUUAUCCAACCCAUCCCUAUCCAUCAGAUCGACAGCUGGAUCAAGGAAUUCCGGCCCUUAGAAUACCCCUCUAGAAGGCCGUAUGACUAUGACUUGUUUGACAUCUAUGAUCGAGUCGAAGACGCCGGCGAGGGAAAGGAGAUUUCGCGAGGCAUAUCCCGCAUGGUUAAAAAUUAUACAAUGAGGAGCCAUUCCUACAAACUGGCGCGAAUGCUUACCUACUACGGAUCGUCUUUCCUUCAGGUCGGAGAAGCACAACUGCGUUGCAGCAGGCGAGUCAUUGCACUUAUCGCCACGCUGCCGUUAUUCCAAUUGUCGUAUUUUCCUGCGCUGGACGCCACCUCCGCAUUGUUCAGGCCUGCAUCGACUUUAAGCACUAUCACUUCGACAUACGCUGCUCAGAGAUUCUCAACUUCAACGAGGGAGGCAUACGCGGCACUGACGAAAACCUGCGGCGCUUCUAUACCCUCCUUGGCUGGGUGCUUGGUGAACCUGUUGGAAAUGUUGAGAAAUCGCAAAGUCUCAGCUAGGACAAAGUUAACGGAGCGAUGCUUGUAUAAAGUGGUACUCGUGAAGCACGCACGCGAGCCGCCCCUCGUAAAUCCGGCAGCAAGCCAAGCUGCUGCAUCCUCAUUGUCUACACUUGUCUGUCCGAUGAAGCAGGAAGCGCAAGAAAAGCCCGGCGCCGCCACGGCGGGCACCUCGACACCCGCUCUGGCCCUGCCGGACGCGGAGAAGCAGCAGCCAGAGGAACAAGCGCCGGCUGCAAGCCUGACGCUCCAUGGAGCGCGGCUGUGGCUCAUUCUCGCCGUCUUGUGUCUGAGUAUCUAUCUCCUGGCACUGGAGCUCACGAUGCUGUCGACCGUCGUCCCGACGCUGACGGACGAGUUUGGUACUGUUGCCGACAUCUCCUGGUACGAGGCAGCAUACGUUCUUCCCCUGUGUGUCUUGAUGCCCGUCGUCGCCAAGUUGUAUGACCAGUUCCGCAUCAAACACGUCUAUCUCGCCUGCAUGCUUUUUUUUGAACUCGGUCUCGUCAUCUGCGCCGUUGCAGAGUCCAGUCGCGUCUUUAUCCUCGGACGCGCGCUCAACGGUCUUGGCGCGUCUGGGCAGUUCAACGGCUGCAUCAUCGUCCUGAGCAGCGUGUGCGACGCCAGUAUCCGCCCGCUUGCCACAUCCCUAGUAAUGUCCAUGCUGCCCAUAGGGUCGAUGACGGGGCCGAUUAUUGCUGGAGUCGUGACUGCACGAAUUGGUUGGCGUUGGUGUUUCUGGAUACUCGUACCCAUGGGGGCCGGCGUCAUCAUCAUCUUCGCCAUUGUCAAAAUAGCAGAGCAGAGCGAGAAGCCCGCAUUUCGCGAGGGCCUUCAGAGACUGCCACGCAGUCUUGUGGCGGGUGUUGGCUCAGGCCUCUGCACGACCCUGGCCCCCAACACCUCUGUCGGUAAAUGGGUUGGUUUUCAGAUCAUUACUAGUAUUGGCCGUGGUGUGGCGCUUCAAGCGCCAAUCACCGCUGUCCAGGAAUAUGUUCCUAUCCAGCACCACGCCGUCUCGAUUUCGAUUCUUAGUCUCUUCCUGCAGCUUGGCAUUGCUGUUUCUGUCUCAUCUUGCCAGACCAUUUUCAACAAUCGACUCCCUGCACUCCUUCAGCGCUAUGCUCCGGGGGUGGACAUCACCAUGAUCGUGGAGGCUGGUGCCACCAAGGCACGCCACUUUGUCGAGCCAGCGCAGUUACCAGGAUUUCUCUACGCCUAUAACAAGGCUGUGACUUCAGUUUUUUCAAGGCCCAGGAUAAGUCGAAAGACACAUAGUUGGUAA